GGAGCCAGGAUCGUCUCGCCCGCCCCCGCUUCACGCUGGCUCCUGAUAGGCAGCUAGAGCUGUCCGUUUUGACAGAAACCUGUGCGCAGGCGCAGAAAGGCACGGGACUGGGCCGGGUGUUCGCUACGCGGGGCUACCGGAUCGGUCGGAAAUGGCAGAGGUGGAGGAGACACUGAAGCGACUGCAGAGCCAGAAGGGAGUGCAGGGAAUCAUCGUCGUGAACACAGAAGGCAUUCCCAUCAAGAGCACCAUGGACAACCCCACUACCACCCAGUACGCCAGCCUCAUGCACAGCUUCAUCCUGAAGGCACGGAGCACCGUGCGUGAAAUCGACCCUCAGAACGAUCUCACCUUCCUUCGAAUUCGCUCCAAGAAAAAUGAAAUUAUGGUUGCACCAGAUAAAGACUAUUUCCUGAUUGUGAUUCAGAAUCCAACCGAAUAAGCCACUCUCGGCUCCCUGUGUCAUUCCUUAAUUUAAUGUCCCCCAAGAAUGUUAAUGUCGAUCAUGUCAGUGGACUGGCACGUGGCAGUCACCUUGGAACCCACUCAGACCAAUCCAGUGACCAUGUGUGGGCUGGCAGCUCUUCCUCCCCCACCAAAGGAACCCCUGUGUGCGCCAACCUUCCCCAGAGCUCCAGAGGGCCGUCUCUCCUCACUUCCAGGUUUUAGAGCAAGAGCUUGCAAGAAGCCCGCACCCAGCUUCCUUCUGACCUUCAGUUCACUUUGUCGCCCUUGGAGAAAGCUGUUUUUCUUUAACUAAAAAUAACCAAAAUGCUUA